AUGGAUAUCCAGGAAAGACAGCCUCUCUUAAACUCAUCAACUCACUCCAACAUUGUCUCUCACAGCUCUCAACAAGAACCGCUCGGUCUCUCAUCCGAUGAUUUUUCCGCACCCUACCCCGACACCCUUCCAGGGACACCCUACAGAAAGAGCAUCAACUGGUCAAGCGCAUACAUAUUAGUCGUUUCGCAAGUGAUUGGGAGCGGUAUCUUCGCAACACCAGGCUCAAUCGUCAGAUCCGCCGGAAGCAUAGGAUUGACUCUGCUAGUAUGGCUGGUUGGGACGAUAAUAUCAGCUUGCGGGCUAGCCGUCUCGAUGGAAUUCGGAUGCAUGCUACCUCGCUCAGGAGGAACAAAGGUGUACCUCGAGUAUACCUAUCCCCGACCGCGGUUUCUCGCAUCAAGCCUUAUAACAGCCCAGGUAGUGCUCCUGGGGUUCACGGCGAGCAACUGCAUUAUCUUUUCGAAAUACGCGUUCUUCGCACUUAAUAUUCAGCCUACCGAGGUUCAGCAUAAGGUCCUUGCUGUUGGCCUCUUGACUGCCAUUACUAUUGUCCAUGGUUGUUUCUUGAAAACUGGAAUCUUUGUCCAGAACGUCCUUGGCUGGGUGAAGAUAUUUCUCAUUGCCGCGAUGUCCUUGACGGGAGUCUGGGUGGUUUUUCUCGGUUUGUAUGGAGACACUGAUAAUAUAUCUCCAGUAUCAGGAGUCGCCGGUUCGCUUUCUUGGGAUUCGAUGUGGGAAGGAUCGAACUGGAGCUGGAGUCUGCUUUCGUCGGCUUUGUUCAAAGUAUACUAUUCUUACGCUGGGCUGAGCAAUGUGAACAAUGUCCUCAGUGAGGUUCAUGAUCCCGUGAAGAUAGUGAAGACCGUGUGUCCCACUGCACUAGUCACAGCUGGCGGCCUAUACUUUCUUGCGAAUCUUUCAUACUUCCUGGUCAUUCCGCUCGAAGAGAUCAAAAAUAGUGGGGAGCUAGUGGGCGCACUGCUAUUCGAAAGGCUGUUUGGGGAGCAUGUUGGAAAAAUAUUCUUUCCACUUGCUAUUGCCAUUUCAGCUGCCGGGAAUGUGAUGGUGGUGACCUUUGGCUUGGCACGUGUGAAUCAAGAGAUAGCCCGACAAGGCUUUCUUCCGUGGCAAAAUGUUCUCUCGUCGUCGCGGCCAUUUGGGACUCCACUGGGUGGACUUAUUGUACACUAUAUCCCUUCUGCGUUGGUCCUCGCCCUACCACCACAAGGGGAUGUCUAUAACUUUAUCCUGGACUUGGAGGGAUACCCUGGACAGAUGUUUUCCUUGGCAAUCACAGUCGGUCUGCUGGUAGUACGAUACCGGGAGCCUCAUCUUCCACGACCCUUCAAAGCUUGGUUGCCGGCUGUCUGGUUACGGGUUAUUGUAUGUCUAGUCCUGCUAGUAGCGCCCUUCAUUCCACCGCCGAAUUGGCGGAACGUCGAUUUCUUCUAUGCCACCUAUCCACUUGUCGGGAUUGGAAUUAUGCUCUCGGGUGUUCUCUACUGGUAUGUCUGGACAGUGCUACUGCCACAAUGGGGAGGGUAUCAACUCGAGGAAGAGAAAGAGGUUCUGGCCGACGGGACUAGCAUCAUCAAGCUCGUUCAUUCAUAUGAUAAGUGA